AUGCUGGAGGAGAGGAAAGCUGAUUCAUUCAUUUAUAUCAUCAUCACCACUUCUGUAGCUGUCAGAAUUUUUCGAGGGUAUAAGUUCAUCUCACCAGGCAGUGGUAUUUAUGGUGAGCAACAUAACAUAGUCAUCGUCAUCAAUGGUCAUUGUGUACUUGCCGCUACUCGUCAUACUGGCUGUUUCUUUCAAUUAUCAUCAUCUUCAUCUUCUUCUUGUCGAAAUCUUGUUGCUGAUAGCUGGUCUCAUCAUUGCAGUAGUGAAGGGUUGGUGCAGUUGUCGUCAUCGGCUUGUCGCUGGCAUCCUAAGAUUCUAUAUCGCUUUGGUCUUGUCCUAGCCCUGUUAAAAGGUGGGUGUAGAAGUCACUGUCCUGUCCAAUUAGUUCUGGUUGUAGUCAUAUCGCAGAGGGUUCAAAAUUUUCAAACCAGAAGAGUUGACGCCAAUUGCUGCUAG